AGCGAUAUCCCACUACUACGCCACUUCCGCUCGUUCGCCACUGAGCAAAAUGGACGCCUUUGUGUCUGUUUUCUUCGCAUUCUCACUAUAAAUACGGUUUACGGGGCGACGCAGCGCCUGCGACGAGGCGAUGCCCGUGCGGCGCCGCGUGAUACGCGUGUGAGGGCAGUGUCGUGCUCGCGAGUCGUGACCGCGGCCCGCCGUGGCCGACGUGGAAACGCGUCCAACCAAGUAGGCCAAACCGCGGUGGCCCCCGCGGAUGACAAUUGAGCGAGCAUCCCCCGGACGACGGUAGGCUGCCCCGCGGUGAGUCUCGUGACGGGCCAGUCGACGCCGCCAGCCGCCACGACGUGCCUGAGGAUCCGCCGGCGGCUGCGAGCGACGCGGGGCCGCGAUACGGCGCCCGGCCUCCCGCCAAAACCAGCCGCGGACGCGAGCGGACGGCGACGUAAAUAGGCCCCCCCCCCUCCCCCGGGGUAAGCGGAGCGGGCACGGUGCUGUCGCGCGGCGCGACCGCGGCCGCGUCCGCGAGGCGUUGCGUUCCGCGACGCGCGACGGUGUUUUUCCGCGCGAGUGAACCCGGCGAGUUCCUUCUGUCUCUGUCUCGCCUGUGCCCAACACCAGAGUUCAACGUUCAUCGUCCGCGGGAGGAUCUUGCACUUCUCCCCCUCUACCCCUCGCCCCCCCUCCUCCUGCCCUUGUGUUGUUGUACCUGGUCGGUCGAGGAUACGGUGUCACACGGCUUGGAUGGUAGACGUUCAUUCAGAGAAGGGGACAACAAAGACAUAAACAUGGGUCGUUUAUUGGAGGAUCCACGGGCUUCAUCAAAAUUUGGUUGAAACUUUCGUUUGCAACAUGGGAACUUAGAAGAGACUUUGUUAAGUUCCCAAUAUUUGCUUUAGUGCUAGUGUUCUUCAAAGAGGAUUUAGAGGCGGCUCUAUUCAACGGUGAAAUAUUAGUGCUGUAAUGCCAGAACGAAUCAAACUCAAAAUGAAUGGGGUUGUACCGAGUGUGCCAAUAACUACCCUCGCUGGUAUUGCGAGUCUCACGGACUUGUUGCCUGAAAUGCCCCUACCGACUCCGCUGCCACAAACACUGACUAAUAAGUCGCUGUUGUUUCAUCCACGAGUAGCGGAAGAGGCGCAGAUAUUGCUAAGCGUUCGUGACGAGAAUCUCGUGCCACAGUUAAUAAUGUCGUUGUCACAGACGUCGUCAGAACAUAUUGAACUUAAAGACAAUUAUCCGAACACUGAACAAUCACUUGAAAAUGAGCAAAACACGCCUGAAUUGCUCAAGGCGAUCUUGCAAAUAAACCCUGAUGUAUUCAGAGGAACCCAGCACAAUUCUCCAAGGAACUGGCCGCAAGGUGUGCCUAUGCUGCACGCGAAUCAAUCGCCGGCGAGCUACGGCCGUUUUUCGCCGUCCUAUUCGAGCUCUUCGGGCUCCAGGCAAACGCCCCAAGGUAGUCCGGCUCAUUCUGCGGCACCUAGGACAUCCGUACUUCCGCCGCCAGUGGCCAGUGGCAUCGCUCACGCGCAACAUCCGCGGAUGCCGAUCACUCCGCAGAAUCAUGCAGACAUCUCGCAGAUGUCCCCCUUCGCCGUGCCUUCUCCGUCGCCAAGGAGCAACGUUAUGACCGAACAAACGAGAACGUUGACAACGCCCCAGCAUAUGCAGGAGGACACGAACUGUAUAAAUCCCUUAUCGAACGUGACCCUUCAACCAAACAUGUACUCGCCGGCCCACAUGAACUCUCCCAAUGCACCGAUGGCAUCUCUCACUAAUAUGACACCUCAGCAUAACAUGACUGGUAUGACGCCACAACACAAUAUGCACAUGACAUCCCCAAUCCGCAACAUGCCUCUACAACAGCAUCCGACCAUAGGUAUACAGCAGAAUCUUUACGAUUCUAUGAUGACUCAACAAGUUCAUCAUGCAUUAGGCAGCGGUCAAUCAUUGGAUAUCGAUAAUACAGUUCAGGAAAAUCAGCAGUUCCUUCUCGAUCCAGUAGCUGGACUUUCCGAUAUUGAUCUACCGAUAGAAAACAUUGACGCGAAGCAAAGCGUCGAUCAUGCGAUACAACAUUUAUUACCGACUUCUCAGACUACGUCCUAUCCGAAUAUACAUGCUACCGACAUGGUUAGCACUUUAGAUCCGGCUGCGGCUAGUAUGGCGUCUAAUGUGCAACAGAACAAUAAUUCGGAGAAGAGUAUGAAAUUUUCUGGAUCAGAAAAGCUGAAAGAACCCAUUGUUAUGUUAAAUAGAUUAUCGCUGGCUGAUCAAGCGCUUAUGCAAAGGAGUCUGACGGCAUUUGCAGAGAAAUCGCCGAGUCGCGCGGCAAAAAUGGGUAUUUCCAAUUGUGACGAUGCAUCAAAAACUGACUCCGAGAGUGAGGAAGAGAUCGGCAAGAAUAACAAGUACUUUAAGGCUCGCGCGAAAGAGCGGCAGGUGCAGCGAGAGAAGGAGAAAGCGGAGCGGCGGAAAAGCGAGGACAAGGGCCGCAGACGAAAGAGGAUAACGGAUGACGAUGAGGAGGAAGAUAAACGAGAUUCAUCAUACUCGCCCACAAAACCAAAAAUACGCAAGAUUGAGAAAAAGCUAGUGCCUGUGUUAGCCAAACUGAGCGUGGAGGAAUUAAUGGAGACGAAUACGUAUCAACGAUUUAACUCUGUCAUAGAGACGAUUUUUGAGAAUACCGAGGACAUUACGGCGAACGCUGAUCUGGAGGACGACGGCGAAGUUCUUCCAGAGAUGCUUAUUCCCAAGUAUCAACUACAUGAUCUUUGUACAGAAGCGGCCAAGCUCAAAACAUUGGGCGCCAUGGAAUCGAUACCUACCGAUAAAUUGGUGAGAUUGUUGAACAUCUUGGAAAAGAAUAUACGAGAUGGCGCGAGGGUGUCACCACUCGUAGAUCCGGAUGACGAUGUCGAUGAAGGACGAUUAUGGAUGCAAUUGGCGAUGGAACGGGUUCAGCGCGCUGUAGAUGCGUCGUUAAUCGCGCUGCACAUUAUGACUUCCAACAACAUGCCGAAGACAGUCUACUUAGAAGAUGUGAUUGACCGAAUAAUCCUUUUCAUGAAGUUUCAACUACAAAACACGAUCUAUCCCUCUUUCGACCCUGUAUAUAAGGUAGAUACGAAGAACAAGACUGACAAUUUUAAUUCUAGCGGACGGAAAAAGCGCGGGCAUACAAAGGAAGUGCGCGAGAAAAGUAUUCUACAAGUUUACAAUAAAAUGCACGAGCUAGUGGGUCUACUGGCUGAGCUGUUGAAUAUACAGGUUCUAACGGAUACGAGUGUUUUACAUGCAUCAUCAUUGGGCGUCGCACCAUUUUUCGUGGAAUCGGUGAGCGAUCUUCAAUUGAGCGCACUAAAACUCGUCACUGUAAUAUUCACGAAGUACGAGAAGCAUAGGAGAUUAUUAUUGGACGAUAUCCUGGCGUCAAUUGCGAGAUUACCUAGCAGCAAAAGGAGUUUACGCACGUAUAGGCUCAACUCCGAAGAUUAUAUACAGAUGUUGACAGCAUUGGUUCUGCAACUUAUCCAAUGCGUGGUGGUUCUAUCAGAUUCCAAGACAAAGGAGGAGGAGGAGAAGGAGAAGAAACAACCCAGUCAUGUAGACGCCGACGUCUUCAUUAUCAAUAGAUACGAUACCGCCACAAGAAUAGCUGGAAAUUUUCUAACGGUAUUUCUCAAUAAAUGUGGUAGCAAAGGCGAAGAGAUCGAUUAUAGACCGUUAUUUGAAAAUUUUGUGCAAGAUUUAUUAGCGACGGUGAAUAAACCCGAAUGGCCCGCUGCUGAGUUGCUGUUAAGUCUUCUCGGAAAUCUGUUGGUGGGACAUUUUUCUAAUAAGAGCUCCGAUAUGUCGCUUCGAGUAGCCUCCAUUGAUUAUCUUGGCGUGGUAGCGGCCAGAUUGCGCAAGGAUGCAGUCAAUUCGCAGUGUAAAUUAUCAACUAUCGACCAAAUCAUACGAGAUAUCAAAGCCGAGCAACAAAAGGACUCGGAUUAUGAUCAGAUAAAAGACAAGGAUAUCGUAGGACUAACCGAGGACGAUGAGAGGACCGUGUUUCUGCAAAAGGUACUUCUGGAUUAUCUGGCCGUCAACGGGACGAAGGAUCCGGCUCUCGGAUAUGCGCGUCAUUUUUAUUUGGCCCAAUGGUACCGCGAUUGCGCGUUGGAGAAGUCCCGGGUAGGUCAGCCGAAAAAUAGUCCGAGUAAGAAGAUACAUAAGAAACGGGGGAAGAAGAAAAAUCGGCAUCACAGCAGCGAUCAAGAUACCGAGUCCGAAUUGGAGGAACAAGAUCCAGAUGAGAACGACAAUAACGAGCAAAAGAAUUCGGAAGCUUACCGAAUUAUAGAAGAGAAGAAAAAGUAUAUUAUCAGUAGAAUAAGGCCGUGCAGCACAGGAACGAAACCGGAUAUCCUUCAGACGUACAUCGAUUACAGCUCUGCAGAAUUAAUCUCGCAAUAUCUCGCGUCCAAGAGACCAUUCUCACAGAGCUUCGAUAUAUAUCUGAAGCAAAUUCUUCACGUGCUGACGGAACCGUCAAUUGCCAUUAGAACCAAGGCAAUGAAAUGCCUCACGAUGAUUGUCGAGGCUGAUCCAAGCGUGUUGGCGAGAGUGGAUAUGCAGCUGGGUGUGAAACAUUCGUUCCUUGAUCAUUCAACGUCUGUGAGGGAGGCAGCGGUUGACUUAGUAGGGAAAUUUGUAUUGAGUAGAACUGAAUUGAUAGACAAAUAUUAUGAUAUGCUAUCGGCGAGAAUUCUGGAUACUGGUGUAAGCGUUCGAAAGCGUGUUAUCAAAAUUCUCAAGGAUAUCUGUAUGGAAUGUCCAGACUUUCCCAAAAUCCCAGAAAUAUGCGUAAAGAUGAUAAGGAGAGUAAACGACGAAGAAGGUAUUCGGAAGCUUGUCAUGGAGGUUUUCCAAAACAUGUGGUUUACGCCAGUGAGAGAGCGUCCUACUCUUGACUCGGAAUCGCUAUUGAGAAAAGUGAUGAAUAUCACAGAUGUCGUAGCAGCUAGCAAGGAUAUGGGGCUCGAGUGGUUUGAGCAACUCCUGGUAAGUUUAUUCAAACCCAAGGAGGAUAAGGACGACAGCACAAAGAUGCAGACGGAACCACCGCGAGCCUUACUGACAGCGUGCAAACAGAUCGUGGAUUGUUUGAUCGAGAACGUACUGCGGCUGGAGGAGACAAAUUUAGAUUCGGAGAAAUCUGAAAAGAAAGGCUCGUCACAGAGACUAGUCGCCUGUCUAACUACACUCUAUUUGUUUGCGAAGAUUCGGCCACGGCUGCUGGUCAAUCACGCAAUCACCCUACAGCCAUAUCUGAGUUUAAAAUGUCAGACACAGGGCGACUAUCAGAUCAUCAGUAGCGUUGCACACACGCUUGAAUUAGUAGUGCCUCUGAUGGAACAUCCCAGUGAGACUUUUUUAGCACAGUUGGAAGAAGAUUCGGUGAAGUUAAUUUUGCAACAUGAUAGAUCGGUGGUCGCGAGUUGUCUGUCAUGUCUGGGCUCUGUAGUCAAUAACGUCACGCGAAACUAUAAACUAAUACGAGAUUGCUUCAAGAAAUACUAUGGACAUUUAACGGAGUACAAAUCGUUUUACGAGAAGGAUCCAACGAAUCCCAUGCUAAUAAGGUGCAGACCGUUUUUCCGACGAGCGCUCUUUACGGUCGGCUUAUUGCUGCGUCACUUUAACUUCAUGGAUCCAGAGGUGAUAGAGGGUCUAGCGGAGAACAUUAAAGAUCAGGUUUUCCAGACACUCAGUUAUUUCGUACAUUUGGACAAUGACGAUAUCCGACACUUUACGCUGUCGGCUAUUGGUUCUCUCUGCAUACGACAUUACGAGUUCAUGAUGUUACCGGAACUGCAAGAACUUUAUCAUCAUUUGCUCACAUCGGAAUACGCAUUGGUUCAUAUGAGAAUCCAAGUACUUAAUAACAUCGAAGUAUAUCUGCAGGAGGAGGAGAAGAGAAUGAUCAAGCAAGACUUAGAAUGGGCAAAAAUGUCAAAACAGGAGAAUUUGAAGGAAAUGGGUGAUGUGUCGUCGGGUAUGGCGAGCACUGUUAUCCAGCUCUAUAUCAAACAGAUCCUUGAGUCUUUCUUGCAUGUUAAUAUAAAUGUACGACAUGCGGCUCUCAAAGUUAUCCAGUUAAUCCUGGCGCAGGGUCUAGUACAUCCCGUCCAGAUAGUGCCCUAUCUGAUCUGCAUGAGCACCGACUGCGAGAAAGCUGUGAGUCAUAGCGCGGAUAAACAGUUGCAGGAUAUCGAAAAGAAAUAUCCUGGUUUCAUCCACAUGAAAUCGCAAUUUGGCAUCAAGUUGAGUUACAGGCUGCAAGAAAUUCUGCAGAAUGACAUUACGGUGAGAGGCAUGCGAGCAAAGGAUGGUGAGUUCCCAGGCGCACUCAACGGUUUUCUCUAUACGAUCCUACGCAACACGAAACAGCAGAGGCGGGCGAUUGUGUUGUCUUUUCUCAAGCACUUCGACGAGACUGCCAAAACUAGUCUGUCGCAAAUGCUAUACUUGGCGGACAAUCUCGCCUAUUUUACAUAUCAAGUACAGGAUGAACCACUCUUCAUAAUCCAUCACAUUGACAUCAUUAUUUCUAUGUCUGGAACAAAUUUGGUACAAUCUUUUAAAGAGGCUUUGUUGCCUAAGGAGGGCAGCUCAAAGCAUAUAUCGGGACAACUGAUGGCACAGCCAAUGGCACAGCCGAUGGCACAACUGAUGGGACAACCGAUAGGACAACCGAUGGGACACCCAAUGGAACAGUCGAUGGGACAUCCGAUGGGACAGCAGACAGAACAAACAACAGUGAUGGGACCAGACGGACAACCAAAAUCCGGCCAGUUGUCGGUUCUGGAGGACGAAGAAGAUGAUGAAGAGGACGAAGAAUCUCUUUUGACUAGGUUGCCAAGCGAUACUACCUUGCUAAGGGAGUAUAUUACCGCCAGUCAAGGCUUUUUGCUUCUACUAACGCUUCGGCAACAUCUCAAAGACCUUUACGGCUUUUCUGACGCAAAGAUUGGCCAAUAUUCACCAUCGGAAGCAGCCAAAGUCUAUGAAAAGGCAGUGAAUCGCAAGAACAAUCUGCUCUUUGAGCCCAAAGCCACAUUGCAGAGGCUGCGAGAGGGUAUGACAAACGUCAGUCAGGAGCUGGACACGAACGGCAGGAAGAAGCUUGUGAAAGAAUACUUGGACUUUAAGCAGCUGAUGCUCAAAUUUGAUCCUGAGGAACCGGACGACGAUGGCGGCAACGAUGCUGCCGAUAAUAGCGGUAAGCAUAGUACGGAGAAUCGGCAAGCGGCGAGGAUACCGCAUUCUGAGGCUGACAGUGGCAGGACGAUAGCGGACGGUGGCGUCAUGGGAAACGUCGCCUCGUUGGUCAUUGCACCUGGCCAGCAGCAAUUUCAGUUACCGCCACAAUCGAACCUGACUACUCCGAUGGAGCAUCCGAACAAUUCGGUAAAUUCGCUGCCGCAUAUGGCAACAGCGGCGGCAACAGCAACGACGCCACGGGUCCCGAAGCUGACGAUACAUACUAAUCCGGAUGCGAGGGAGUCGCACCGGAAGCACCGCGCGCACAAGACGGACAAGUCAGUAAGGAAGCACAAGAAGAAGAAAAGGAGAAGAAUCUCCGACAGCAGCGACACCGGCGAGGAUUACAGUGAUCCUGACUUCCUAGUGUGAGUGCGGUGGUAUCUCUCAUCCUGUGUGUGUGUGUGUAUAUAUAUAUAAAUGUCUGCGAUGGUAUGCGCGUGUGAUCGGUCGGCUGGAAAAACUCUUAUUCCGCGCGGCCAAAACUUGGACGCUAUUGCAGCGCAGUCGUCCCUUUCCCUUAUCAUCCAAAAUUACUCUUUCUCUCAGAGUUCCGUCAGAAAACUGCAUAGAGACUAUAAUUGCUAUGUGGGAAUGUAUGUGAACGAAAGAAAGAGAUCUUUAAUAGGAAUGAUAGCCAGAGAUUUUUAAGUGCGAUCGAACGUUGAGGUAGGAUUAGCGCAUUGUUGGCCGAAAUGGCGAGUGUCUGCGAGGUUUAUCGAUCCGCCAUGCCGUUGUUAGCAAGAUCAGCUCGUUAAAUAUUUCGUGUGACCGGCUCGGAAACGUGGUUCGUUCAAAUUAACUUUUAUUUCUUCCCUUCGAAAUACACCUUCAAUACAUUAACAAGCGAAAGUUUCUUAAUUAUUUGAGUGUAUUGAAAGGACAUGAGAUGAAAAAUUAUAAAAGAUCCGAGAAUAAUACGAACCAAGUUCUCCGAGAAGAAUAAGUACAAUAAAUGACAUUCGAACAAAAUUCAUCUGUAAAUAAUAUCACAUAAUAAUGAUUAAUUUCUUUUUACGGAUAAAAAAAUUAGCGCGAAGAGGAAAAGACUACAAAAAUGUACAGUUUGAACGAUAUCAGUUUUAUUCGUCACUGCUUCCUCUUCUUUCCUUUUCUAAUUGAAUUUGAAUAAAUUAAACACUGCUUAUUUCGAUAAUGCUCACUUAUUAAUAUUUAAAUUCGUCCAUUUCGACGAUUUAUAGAUAGGUAAAUGUCUAAAUUUGCUACGUUUAUUUCAAUGUUUGUCAAUUUUAAAUUAUACGAUCCAUAUUUCUGUAAUAACUACUGUAACAUUUAUACUAACAUGUUUGCAAUAUUAAAAAAAAA